AUGUCUGAAUCCGUCGCUGUCAUUGGAGCAGGUCUCGUUGGAUGCUUGGCCGCCUUGGCCUUCUCUAGCAAGGGUUACAACGUCACUUUGUAUGAAUUGAGACAAGAUCCCAGACAAGAUGUCUCUUCGGGCAAGAGCAUGAGAUCCAUCAACUUGGCUGUUAGUGAUCGCGGAAUCCGUGCACUCAAGUAUGUCAAUGAGGAAAUGGCCGAAAGAAUCCUUAAGCAUGUCAUUCCUAUGACUGGCCGUAUGAUUCACGAUAUCACCGGAACCAAGCAGGAGUCGCAGGUUUAUGGUUUAUUUGGAGAGAGUAUCAAUUCAAUUGACCGCUUGCUACUCAAUAAGUGCCUCUUAGACGAAUUGGAUAAGUGCAACAUCAAGACUUUCUUCGAGCACAAGCUCGUUGAUAUGGGCAAUGUUUCCACACCAGAUUCUCCAAUUUUCUUAGAAUUUGUCACAAAGGAUAGCAAAAGAGAAAAAAGAGAGUUUGAUUUCAUCGUUGGCUGUGACGGAGCCUUCUCACAGUCAAGAUAUCUUAUGCAAAAGACCAUGAGAAUGAACUACUCCCAGAAGUAUGUCGAGCAACAAUACAUCGAGUUGUACAUUCCUCCUGCUAGUGGCUCAAGUUCAAGUGACCCUAAAUACUCGAUUGACCCAAAUCAUCUUCAUAUCUGGCCACGGAAGGAAUUUAUGUUGAUUGCUCUUGCAAAUAGUGAUGGCUCAUUCACAUCGACUUUCUUUUCGACUUGGAACCUUAUCGACUCGAUCAAGUCUAGUCAAGAAUUUCUUGAUUUUUUCAAGAAGAAUUUCCCAGAUGCCUACACCAUGAUUGGCGAGGCCGGGUUGAAACACGCCUAUGAGAACCAACCUAGAGGUGCAUUGAUGCAAGUUGCCUUGUCACCAUUUGUCAGUCCAAAUAAUCGUGCUAUUUUGAUUGGUGAUGCUGCUCACUCCAUGGUUCCGUUUUAUGGCCAAGGCAUGAAUUGUGGUUUCGAAGAUGUUCAUGUGUUAAUGAAGUUGAUCGAGCAGAACAAAACCAUCGAGAAAGCAUUCUCAAAGUACACCGAUGCAAGAAAGGAAGACGUCGACACCAUUUGUCGCCUUGCUUACGAGAACUACCAGAAUAUGUCGGCCAAGGUCCUUGACCCAUUCUACCUCUUGAGAAAAAAGAUUGACUAUGUUUUCGGAAAGUACUGCAAUGGCAUUCUUUUUCCUUGGAUCCCUAUGUACACAAUGGUCUCGUUCCGUGGCGAUAUCCGGUAUUCAGAUGCUGUGAGAAUCGAGAAGAGACAGUCCCGUGUCUUGCAGCUUCUUCAGUAUGUGUCUGUGGGAGGUGUAGCUAUUUAUGCUGCAGCCAAGGCAGCCCAGUACAUGGAUAGACUUCGUAACUAA